GACCAAGGUUAGUCCAGCUCCCUGGUUGUAGGUUACCACUUUUAUAAAAAUGAUGCAUAAAACAAAAAGGGGUGUUGGUUUGUUUUUGUGUCUUGUAUUUCUUUACAUUGGCCAAACAUGUGGUAUAAGCCUCGAAAUGGUGCAAAGAGACAAGCUGCAUCGUAAGGAAAGGUCCGAGAACAUUCACACUGGGACAAUUACUUUCGGCACAGGGGAAAUUUCACUGGGUCGAAAUCUGGAAUAUGAGGGACGAUCUGUUGAAGAAAACACUGCAGACGAUGGCUCCGUUAACUUUCAAGCCGACGAUCCACAUUCUGGCCUGGUGGGUGGACAAAGCACCACUGAAGACUUUAAGGCUUGGCGUCGUAUGCAACCAACUUUAUUAUGUACUAAUGACCUCAUGGAGUUAUCUGCACAAGGCCCUGGAUGUUCUUCACUCCAGUUAGACAGAGGUGGCACGCCUCUCUCACUAAGCAAGCUACCAGGAGACUGUGGCUACUCUGUGAAAAGGACUGCAGUGGGCCUUGUGUUUGUUGCCACAUUUAAUGGUUGUGAUGUUAUAAAACAGGGAAAUAGCCACUUGCUGCAGAUGUUGUGGCACAAAAAUCCAGUAAAACUCUCCUGCCCUGCAUCAAGCUCAGACCAAGUCUCACCAGCUUUAUCCACUACUCCAGCUCCAACUACAGAAGCACCUACCACAGCUGCCGGGCUUCCUCCACAGAAUCAACAGUGGAUGCCCCCCUUCUUUGGAGGCUACUACCCUGUAAUGCCUGUGGAGACUCCCUCUGAAACUACUGUUGCACCAACUACAGAAGCACCUACCACAGCUGCGGGCUUCCUCCACAGAAUCAACAGUGGAUGCCCCCUUCUUUGGAGGCUACUACCCUGUAAUGCCUGUGGAGACUCCCUCUGAAACUACUGUUGCACCAACUACAGAAGCACCUACCACAGCUGCUGGGCUUCCUCCACAGAAUCAACAGUGGAUGCCCCCCUUCUUUGGAGGCUACUACCCUGUAAUGC